AUGAGGAACUUGUGUAGUUCGUGUCCACGCGGGACCGUCUUGGUUAAAAACGAUGCCCUGCAAGUCAAGAACAAGAAUGACAGGUCAGAGCAGGACAGGUCAGGACAGGACAGGUCAGAGAAGGACAGGUCAGAGAAGGACAGGUCAGAGCAGGACAGGUUAGAGAAGGACAGGUCAGAGAAGGACAGGUCAGAGCAGGACAGGUUAGAGAAGGACAGGUCAGAGAAGGACAGGUCAGAGAAGGACAGGUCAGAGAAGGACAGGUCAGAGAAGGACAGGUCAGAGAAGGACAGGUCAGAGAAGGACAGGUCAGAGCAGGACAGGUCAGAGAAGGACAGGUCAGAGAAGGACAGGUCAGAGCAGGACAGGUCAGAGCAGGACCGGUCAGAGCAGGACAGGUCAGAGCAGGACAGGUCAGAGAAGGACAGGUCAGAGAAGGACAGGUCAGAGAAGGACAGGUCAGAGCAGGACCGGUCAGGACAGGUCAGAGCAGGACCGGUCAGAGCAGGACAGGUCAGGACAGGUCAGAGCAGGACAGGUCAGAGAAGGACAGGUCAGAGAAGGACAGGUCAGAGCAGGACCGGUCAGGACAGGUCAGAGCAGGACAGGUCAGAGCAGGACAGGUCAGAGCAGGACAGGUCAGAGCAAGACAGGUCAGAGAAAGACAGGUCAGAGCAGGACAGGUCAGAGCAGGACAGGUCAGAGCAGGACAGGUCAGAGCAGGACAGGUCAGAGAAGGACAGGUCAGAGCAGGACCGGUCAGAGAAGGACAGGUCAGAGCAGGACCGGUCAGAGAAGGACAGGUCAGAGCAGGACAGGUCAGGACAGGACAGGUCAGAGAAGGACAGGUCAGAGAAGGACAGGUCAGAGCAGGACAGGUUAGAGAAGGACAGGUCAGAGAAGGACAGGUCAGAGCAGGACAGGUUAGAGAAGGACAGGUCAGAGAAGGACAGGUCAGAGAAGGACAGGUCAGAGAAGGACAGGUCAGAGAAGGACAGGUCAGAGAAGGACAGGUCAGAGAAGGACAGGUCAGAGCAGGACAGGUCAGAGAAGGACAGGUCAGAGAAGGACAGGUCAGAGCAGGACAGGUCAGAGCAGGACCGGUCAGAGCAGGACAGGUCAGAGCAGGACAGGUCAGAGAAGGACAGGUCAGAGAAGGACAGGUCAGAGAAGGACAGGUCAGAGCAGGACCGGUCAGGACAGGUCAGAGCAGGACCGGUCAGAGCAGGACAGGUCAGGACAGGUCAGAGCAGGACAGGUCAGAGAAGGACAGGUCAGAGAAGGACAGGUCAGAGCAGGACCGGUCAGGACAGGUCAGAGCAGGACAGGUCAGAGCAGGACAGGUCAGAGCAGGACAGGUCAGAGCAAGACAGGUCAGAGAAAGACAGGUCAGAGCAGGACAGGUCAGAGCAGGACAGGUCAGAGCAGGACAGGUCAGAGCAGGACAGGUCAGAGAAGGACAGGUCAGAGCAGGACCGGUCAGAGAAGGACAGGUCAGAGCAGGACCGGUCAGAGAAGGACAGGUCAGAGCAGGACAGGUCAGGACAGGACAGGUCAGAGAAGGACAGGUCAGAGAAGGACAGGUCAGAGCAGGACAGGUUAGAGAAGGACAGGUCAGAGAAGGACAGGUCAGAGCAGGACAGGUUAGAGAAGGACAGGUCAGAGAAGGACAGGUCAGAGAAGGACAGGUCAGAGAAGGACAGGUCAGAGAAGGACAGGUCAGAGAAGGACAGGUCAGAGAAGGACAGGUCAGAGCAGGACAGGUCAGAGAAGGACAGGUCAGAGAAGGACAGGUCAGAGCAGGACAGGUCAGAGCAGGACCGGUCAGAGCAGGACAGGUCAGAGCAGGACAGGUCAGAGAAGGACAGGUCAGAGAAGGACAGGUCAGAGAAGGACAGGUCAGAGCAGGACCGGUCAGGACAGGUCAGAGCAGGACCGGUCAGAGCAGGACAGGUCAGGACAGGUCAGAGCAGGACAGGUCAGAGAAGGACAGGUCAGAGAAGGACAGGUCAGAGCAGGACCGGUCAGGACAGGUCAGAGCAGGACAGGUCAGAGCAGGACAGGUCAGAGCAGGACAGGUCAGAGCAAGACAGGUCAGAGAAAGACAGGUCAGAGCAGGACAGGUCAGAGCAGGACAGGUCAGAGCAGGACAGGUCAGAGCAGGACAGGUCAGAGAAGGACAGGUCAGAGCAGGACCGGUCAGAGAAGGACAGGUCAGAGCAGGACCGGUCAGAGAAGGACAGGUCAGAGAAGGACAGGUCAGAGAAGGACAGGUCAGAGAAGGACAGGUCAGAGAAGGACAGGUCAGAGCAGGACCGGUCAGGACAGAUCAUUCAACAGGUUUGUAUUAACAGGCACAGCAGUGCCCAGUGA